GCUGUUACUCGAAAAACAAAAACAAGAACCUGCUCAUCCUGUUAGAGAGAAAAUUUUGCAAAUGUCUUCUGAGGUUGUGGACUCCAAUCCUUACAGUCGAUUGAUGGCUUUGAAAAGAAUGGGUAUUGUAGACAACUAUGAGAAGAUACGAGAUUUCACUGUGGCUGUAGUUGGAAUUGGUGGUGUUGGCAGUGUUACUGCAGAGAUGCUGACUCGUUGUGGUAUAGGCAAGCUACUGCUGUUUGACUAUGAUAAGGUGGAACUUGCCAACAUGAAUAGGCUGUUUUUCCAGCCACACCAGGCAGGUUUAUCUAAGGUAGAGGCUGCAGCAAAUACUCUCACUUUCAUUAAUCCUGAUGUCACAGUGGAGACAUAUAACUAUAAUAUAACUACAGUAGACAAUUUCCAGGACUUCAUUAAUGGAAUCAGCAGCCAUGGAAGCCUCUCAGGCGGACCUGUAGACUUGGUACUCAGCUGUGUGGACAACUUUGAGGCCCGCAUGGCCAUCAACUCAGCGUGCAAUGAACUAAAUCUAUGCUGGUUUGAGUCUGGUGUAUCAGAGAAUGCAGUGUCUGGACACAUACAGUUCAUCAUGCCUGGAGAAACUGCUUGUUUUGCUUGUGCUCCACCUUUGGUUGUCGCAUCUAACAUUGAUGAGAAAACACUGAAGAAGGAUGGUGUGUGUGCAGCGAGCCUCCCAACUACGAUGGGCAUUGUUGCAGGCUUCCUUGUCCAGAACACAUUGAAGUAUCUGCUGGGAUUUGGCCAAGUGUCUUAUUAUUUAGGGUACAAUGCUCUGACUGACUUCUUUCCAACAAUGCAUCUGCGGCCCAACCCAGCUUGUGAUGACAGUUUCUGUCAACAGCGGCAAGAUGAGGUUAAAGCUCGGCCUCCAAAAGAACAGGAAUCUGGCAGAGAUACCAGCUUCGAUGACAAGGAAGUUACUCAUGAAGAUAAUGAAUGGGGUAUCUGUCUGGUGGACGAGACGGAUCCCAGUGAGCUGGAGGUAGACAAGAACUUAGGUCAAGGUCUGGUAGCAGGUGUGAAGGCAGCAUAUAGCAUUCCAUCUUCAGCAGCUCCAGAAGUAGACACAAAUCAAGUUGACACAUCAGGGGUCAGCCUAGAUGACCUGAUGGCACAGAUGAAGGCUAUGUGAACUAUACAUUAUCAAGUAAUGUCUUUGGCACAGUAAUUUAAUGGAAAGUGUAACAGAUCAAAAUUGGAAUUUCCAUCAUCCUUUUAGGAAAGUUUUUAUCAGGUUCAGACCGAGAAUGGGCCAGGUUCUUUACUGUAAAAUUUUUGCAUUUAAUUAUAAUACUGUCCAGUGACACAGAAACAUUUUUUCCCUUGAUGUUUUGUUCUUGCAGGCAUUUGUCUGUAUACAAGGUUCAAAGAGUUCCCAGGAUUUGUUGAUAAUAAAGGAUUUACAGCUUAAUUAAACCUGUCCCCUUCAGAAUAAUUUCUUUGAGCAAUAAUACACUGCUCUCAUCAGCUUUUCCAAUUUUGGAAGCACUGUACAAAGAUUGUUUGUUGAAUCACCCUCAGUUGAUCUGUUGGGUUCCAAAUGGUGUCCUCUACCAUUUGAAAACUUCCUCCUUUCAGUCACUUUUAUUUCUGGAAGCAGAAAAAAGCCUGGAGGGGAUAGGUCAGGCAAAUAGGAAGGUGAUGGGGAAUAGGAAUUAAUGCUUUGCAAAGAAUUCAACUCAACAGUGCUAUGUGAGCUGAUGCAUUGUUGUGAUUGUGAUGGAAGUGCCACAUUCCUGCAUGUUCACGUUUUCUUCAUAUUGUACCCUUCACACACCUCAAAACUUCUAGAUAAUAAGCUUCGUUAAACUUCUUGCAUGCUGGAAUGAACUCAUGAUGAACAGUGCCACGAUCAAUUAAAAAAAAAACAACAACAUUGCUUUCACUUUUGAGCACAUUUGUCAUGCUUUUUGUUUUGCAGAAAAUCAGAAUUCUUCCAUGGCAGUGGCUGUUGUUUUGAUUCAGUAUCUUACCCAUAAAUGCAAGUCUCAUCUUCAGUGACAAAGUUCUUCAGAGGCUUUUCAGUGUUUGCUUACUGCAGAAGAUCUUUGCUAACCAAAACAUAUUGAAUUCUCUAUCUCCAGUCAAGAGCCUUGGCACAAAUUUUGCUGAGACCCAAUGAAUCCUAAAACCAUAUGUUAAAACUGUGUGACAUGAGCCGGUGGAUAUCCCAGUCUCUUCUACUACUUCCUGUACGGUCAGUGAUUUGUAUAGGCGUCUUUCACUUAGGUAAUCAAAGAAUUUGUUUCAAAGUUGAAGGUUGGCACAACCUCUUAGUAUCAUCUGUUGAUGUUCUUCUGCUUUUGAAAUGUUUGUGCUAUUUGCAGGUCACCCUUUUACUCAAAGCCUCAUUGCCGUAAGGUUCACACAAGAUUGUGUUGGUUUGUACAGCUGUUUUACAGUCUGACAUAAAAUUUCACACAAGUUCUUUGCUCCUGCAUGAAUGCCAUAUUGCAACACAAUAAAAUCAUCCAUUACUGAAAUACUGUAUAUCAUGGAUACUCUCAUUCCUUGUGAAAUUACAUAAUAACUGCAACAAGAGUUCCAGAAGUAUACAAGAUACACUCAUGCAUGCUCCUGCUUUUGCUUCAUACACAUAUUUCUCUACCAGUCAGCAGUCUGUUAAUUCACCCAGUUAGAGUGCAAGGGUAUUUCUGGAGCCCAAAAUGUAACUACUCAGGAAGGGGAGUGCAGGAUUAAGGUAUUUUUUUAAGACAGUUACCCUGAACAGUUUUAAAUAACUGGAAAUGUAAUAGUAGUUUACUGAGCAAUAAUACAUGACUCUUCACACCUCCACAUACAAACAGUUGCAAAAUCGCAAGAUACUAAUCAGUGUUACAAUACAGAUAAUCAAAUCUGCCCCAUAUACAACAUUGGCUAUUAGUGAUAAACAUGUUUUUUUUCCCAUACCUUUACAGAGAGUCAUUGUUCUAUUACCAAUGACCUUACACUGCACAGAGAAAAAGUUUGAUGUACAAUAAUCCAUUGCUAAUGUUGGGUUAUAGUCCUGGAAGAUAUCAAAUUAACUAAAACAGCAUUGGCAGAAAACAAUGAACCAUAGAUAUUUAUACAGAAAUUUUCCCACUAAGUGUUCUCCUUUCCAGCUUUGAGCAAGAACCAUUCCACAAUUAUUUUAAUAUGAUGUACCCAAAGUAAUUUCUGAAAUAUAGAAAAACUACCUGCAAUUAUAGAUUUCCUUCGCUUUGCCAUUUAAAAAUGCAUGUAGUAUGACCAUAAAGUUCUGGGAUUGACAUAAAAAUGGAUACAGAAUAACGGACAUAACUGGAAUGCUUCCUGACCUCAUAUCUCAGGUGGGAAGCUGCCAUUCUGGAGAUAAUACACAGUGUAAUUGGGAAUCAAAUGCCAUCACAAAGAAGAGCACUGGAGGUGCUCCAACAGAUGUUAUUACUCUGAACAACCAGGGGAACUGUUAAUUGGAUUAACUAUUUUGACUUUUUGUUUCACACCAUAAAAAUCAGUUCCUGAACUUGACAAACACAUCAUGUUUUGGUGCUGUGGUUACAGAAAAAUGUUUUUGCUGGAAUAUGAAAAAUCGAUAACAUGAAAUGUGCAUGAGUGAUACAUCGGAUGCUUGUGCAGUGAAGAUUUCUGGAAUGAAUGAAGCUGGGUAUGCAGUGGUACAUUACACAAAUCCUGUAUAGCCUACUGUAUUCACUAAGAAUAAUGAGAAUAUAUUAAAAAUGUCUAUAUUUGGCAAAGAAGUGCUGAAUAAAUGUAAAACUGUUCUACAAAAAUGCACAUUUGAUGAGAUUACAUUCAGUAUAUCUCUUCAACAUAUUUCUGCUUAUUCUGCUUUUAUUGUGGAAUGUUUCAAUCCACACAUUUCUACUGGACACAAAUCUAUUUGCCUGAGAAUAAAGAACUUACAAACACAA